GACACGACAUCACAAGUGAAAUAAGUGGCCACUGCAAGUAGCAAAGCCGGCGAGACAGGAAGCUGAGGAAGCGACAUUCGUCGCGAAUUUAUUGGUCUUCUUUAUUUGCGAUUGGCAUACGUACCUGGCACCAUGAGUAACGCUGAGGAAUCGUUAGUAGCUGGUCUCGUGCAUAACUAUUUGUUAAAGAAAGAUGCAUCGUUGGCGACGGUUUUCCAGAAGAAGACGAAAGCGCCUCUCCUGCGAAAAGAAUUUCCAACAUUAUUGGAAAUAAUUAAGUAUUUCCAAAAAAACUCUCCCAAAAAGAUCCCAUUAGUCACACAAGUGACUAAGGAAAGCAGUUCAGAUUCGAGCUCAGAAAGUGAUGAAACAGAAGAAGAAGAAACAGAAAAAAAUGCACAAGUUAAUGGCAAAGCAGUGGAGACAGUGGUUCUUAAAGAGAUAAUGGAAUCUUCCUCUUCCUCGGAAGAUGAUUCUAGUGAAGAUGAUUGUAAUAGAGAUAGAAUAACUCCAGAAUUACAAAAAAAACUAAAUGCUAUCCCUAUUUAUGUGCAGAAGGAAAGGGAGAGUUAUGAAAGAGAAAUAGUUGCUAAAGCUAAAAAAGCAGCUAAGGCAAUGGCUAAUGCUAUUCGAUUAGAGAGAGCAGCUAAGGGAAUACAUGAUUCAACUUCCAGCGAUUCAUCUUCAGGGAGUCCUGAUGUUCAAAUGGUAAAUUCAAAAACUACUAAACAGUUAGCACUGAAGACAUCCACACCUAUAACGAAUGCAGCUUCAAAGACACAAUUACAAAAACAGAAUAAAUCAGCAACACUGGUUACAAACAAGAGCAAAGGUCAUGAUGUGGCUGCAUUGAAUGAGAAUGUACAGAAAAAACAAGUUCUCAGUAAAUCUACAGUGCCAGCAAAACAAACUACCAUGGAAGAAUCUUCUAGUGACGAUGAUAGCAGUGACGAACAGCAGUCCGUUGAGAAAUCAAUUUCGUCAAUUGCUGUGCAAAAAGGUUCUUCUUCAAGCGAAGAAGAGAGCAGCAAAGAGGAACAUAAGGCAGUCGCAACAAAAGCUGCUGUAACUUUGAAGACACAAAAUCAGAAUAAGCCAGCGCCAGCAAAAGCAGUUAAAAAAUCAGAGUCCUCAUCGAGUGAAGAAAGCAGCGACGAAGAAGAAACGCCCCAAAAAAUAGCUCCCAAUAAACCAGUUGCAUCAGUAAAAUUAACUACCAAGAAAGAGUCUUCAAGCGAAGAUAGCGAUGAUAGCGACGAUAGCGAAGAAGAGCAGCCUGUUAAGAAACCAACUCUAGUAGUCAUCACCAAGAAAACAACUCCAGCAGUCGUUGCUAAGAAACCAACUCCGGCAGUCUCUGCUAAAAAAACAAAAUCUUCCUCGAGCGAAGAAAGUAGCGAAGAUGAAAAACCUAUUAAAAAAUCAGCUCUCGCUAAUCAAAGUACUGCUAAUAAAAUUAGUUCUGUAAAGAAAGAUUCGUCAAGCGAGGAUUCAGAAGAUGAAUCCGAUGAAGAAGAAAAACCAGCAACAACGAAAACAGCGCUUGAUAAAACGCCAGCUCUCACUAAUCAAAAUACUAAUAAAAUUAGUUCUGUAAAGAAAAAAGAUUCAUCAAGCGAGGAAUCAGAGGACGAAUCUGAUGAAGAAGAAAAACCAACGACAACAGCAGCACCGAAAGUGGCGAUUAGUAAAACACAGAAGAAGAAGGAAUCUUCUAGCGAAGAUUCAGAAGAUGAUUCCGACAAUGAGGCACCGACAACAGCAUCGGCCAAGACAAUCGCCAAAAAAGAAUCCUCGAGCGAAUCUGAUUCAGACUCCAACAACUCCAAUAAAGAGAAAAUGAAAGUUCACACACCAGUUGAAGUCAACAAAGGUCAAAAAAGGAAACACGCUGAUAAUGAUGAAGAACAAAUACCAUCAAAAGCUGCAAGAAAUAGUUAUGGCAACUUUGUGAAAGAAGCUAAUAAUAGCUUCAAUGGAAAUAAGUGGCAGAAAAAUCGUACAUAUCAGCGUGUGAAAAGCGAAGACAUCGUAUUGGAUCCUAAGUUGGCUAAUAAUUCGUUUGAAGCAAAGAAAGGUGCAAGAGGAUCAUGGGGAGAACGCGCUAAUGAAAUGUUGAAGUUUACAAAGGGCAAGAAGUUUCGACAUGAGAAGCAAAAAAAAAAGCGUGGUUCUUACCGCGGUGGACACAUAGAUACACAUGUUAAUUCCAUUAAAUUCGAGGAUUAAACAAUUACACUUCGUAAUUUUUUUAUUAUAUUUUCAUCAUAUUUAAAUCAGUAAAAUAAUUAAUAAAGUUUAAUACUGACUUAUACUGUAAACAUGUAUGCUAAAAUAUAUAACAACUAAGAUUUUAAAGAAAAGACGAGAGAUUAUAACGAAUUCGGUUGAAAUGUUCACUGAUUUAUACGCAUAAAUAAAUUGCUGUCAUUGAAUGUACCAAAAUUGUAUAGCUAGAAUUAUAUAAUGAAACUUGAAAGUUAGUGAAGUAUGUAGCACAAUUAAUUAGUAUAUUUGGCAAAAUAUGUGUAAUAUUUCACUGACAAGAGAAUGUGCUACAUUGCAAAAGUGAUUUUAAAAAAACUAACAUCAGUCGAAAGAUCACAUUUGAAAUAGAUAUUCUAGAUGAUCAGAUCUUAAAAUUCUUGAAAUUCUGUACCCGACAAAGGUCGAAACAUGUUCGGCUAUUUUAACUUAAAUACAAAAUAUCUUGAGAACAAUGCAUUUUUGAAAAAAAAUAUUUCAAAUAAAAGUUGUAGAGUUUAAAAAGUAUCAGAUGAGCUACCAAUAUUUUGUGCAAAAUCUUAUUGGGUUCAACUACAUUAUUCUUGAAAUAUUUUGUCUCCAAACACGUUCUAACCCAAGUCAGAUAUAAUAGAAUCCAUGGGAUCCCAAUAUUUGAUCAUCUAGAAUACUUGCUUCAAAUAUGGUUUUUAAAAAUACUUUCGGUUAAUAACAUUAGUUUUGUUUAUAUCAAUUUUUCAAUGUAGCACGUUUUCUUGUAAGCUAGACAUUUUAUGUUACAUUAUAAUUCUACAUAUAAAUAACUAUAUACUUUUAAUCUGUACUAUUAUACUGUUCUUUCAAUCGAAUUUGUUAUUACUCGACAGAAUGUUAUUAAACAUGCUGUUAUCAAAUCGUAUAUUUAACAAACCCAUGUUUUAUUUUCGCAGUUACUGAUUUGCAACGUUCUAUGUAUAUGUUCUAUGUAUGUUACGAAAAUGUUAAUCUUAUCAAAGCAGUUUGCAAGUACUCGCAAUACGAAAGUGUUUUUGAAUACAUUAUAAAUUACAUCAUAACGAAUGCUGAAAUACAUUAUUUUUAGAACAA